AUGGGCCGGGUGCGAACGAAGACCGUGAAAAAGGCAGCGCGGGUGAUCGUGGAGAAGUACUAUGGGAAGCUGACUUUGGAUUUCCAGAUCAAUAAGAAGAUUACAGAAGAGGUGGCCACCAUCCCCUCCAAGCGUCUCCGGAACAAGAUCGCUGGCUUCACGACACACUUGAUGAAGCGAAUCCAAAAAGGUCCCGUGCGUGGCAUCUCGCUGAAGCUCCAGGAGGAGGAGCGCGAGAGGAGGAUGGAGUUCGUGCCCGAGCGCUCGGAGGUGAACACUGACUUCAUCCAGGUGGAUGCCGACACGCGAGACAUGUUGAAGGAGAGCGAACCGUGCUGGUUGGAAGUGAGCGGUGGUACUCCACGGCCGCGGGUCAGACGAGCGCCACAGGCCGCACGGGUGAUUGUGGAGAAGUACUAUGGCAAGUUGACCUUGGAUUUCCAGCACCGGCCCCAAGAGGAAGCGGUCGUUUCUCCGCCCCGCAAAGCGCUGAACGACCAUCACCCCAAAUUCAUGGCACAGGGUCAAAGCUUGACCUUGCCAUUGAAUUCGAACGUCGAUGGAGGCUCUCAAGUGGCCUUGUCGGGUGCCUCCAUGCCUUCACCAAGGUCGCCAGAAGCGGUGACCGAGGAAGAGCACCUGCGAAGGAUCUUCGGCCCGAGGGGCCUGCCUCCGACGCCGCGGCCGCAGCGAGGAGUAGCUGGAUCUUCGGCUCUGUCUGGCAGGCACGUGGAUGAGUGA